CCCCGAAAAUCGUGGCGUUUUCUUUUUUGUUUAUGCGCGCAAGAGAGAGCCAAGCAUAAAGUGCGCACUCACACAGACGAGUGGGGAUUUGCGAAAAUCGAGUGGAGUGGACGUGCGGGUGUGUCGGUGUUUGUGUGCGCGCAUAGCAUUUGCACACAUUGUUAUUGUUGGGGGACCAGCGAGAGAUGGGGACAGAGAGAGAGGACCAGCGAGAGAGCCGAACUGGGGCCAGAUUUAUAACGCGACAUUCGCACUUUUACUCUGGAGCAUGACGGUUCUUUCGCGGCACUUUCGACGCGACCCAAAGCUGCAGGAGCAGCAGCAGCUUCCGACUCCGAUUCCGAUUCCGUUCCGUAUUCACAGCCAAAUCCGAUUCUAGACUCAGAAUCCCAAUCCGCAUCCGCAACAGAUUCGCGGGCGGCGGCACGCCCUUCCCCAACGUGCGUGCGUGUGUGUGUACAUAUAUUGGCGGGUUAACCCAAAGAAAAAAAUAGAGGAAAGAAAGAAAAAUAAAUAAAAAGAAAUUCAUACAAACUUUCGAAAUAUUGAAUUGUGAAAACUAUCAGAAAAUUAUGUGCUUGCUCGAGAAAUAUUCCCCAGUUAGCAUCGGAAUAAUGUGCAGCAUUAUAGACACAUAAACAGCAGACCAGAGAACACCUCGAAAACACGCGAAAAAGGCCCUUUUCGAAAAGCAGCUAAGAAACACCAUGAAGAUGGUCGAUAAGUCGUCUAAGUUGGUGGAUAAAUUUGCCGUUAUCAGCGGCACCGGCGGCAGUGGCACCGGCGGAGGAGGCCCACUCACCAUGCAAGCUGGCGGCGGAGGCGGUGGCAUGUCCGGCGGCGGCGGCGGAGGAGUCUCCGCAGGAAUCCCCGGUCUGUCGGGCGGAGGAGCCAAUGGCCAGAAGCCCGUGCCCAUGAAGCUCUUCGCCGCCUGGGAGGUGGACCGAACGCCACCCAACUGCAUCCCAAGACUCUGUUCGCUGACAAUAACACGUCUCUCCAUCCUGACCCCGCUUCCUGGUGACACCACCUCGCUGUCGCUGGCCGUGAAGAUGCAGAGCUCCAAGAGGACACUGCGCAGCCACGAGAUACCCAUCAACGGCUCCGCCCUGACCUCCUCCGCCUCGCUGCAGGGCAACUCCCCCAUGUCGGUGGCCGGAGGAGCAGGUGGUGCUGGUGCUGGCGCUGGUGGCGGACUCGGCACUCCGGGAAGUGCGGGCACCGGAGGCGGCGGACUGGGCGUGGCUGUGCCCCUGACGGAAACCGAGCUGGACUUGCACUUCAGUCUGCAGUAUCCGCACUUUAUCAAGAGAGAUGGCAAUAGACUGGUUAUCUUGCUGCAACGCCGCAAGAAAUACAAAUCACGCACCAUUCUGGGCUACAAAACGCUGGCCGAGGGCAUCAUCCGCAUGGAUGCGGUGCUCCAGAAGUCGAUGGACAUGAUCAUCGAGCUCACUGCUUCCGGAAAGAAUGGCAGGCCAGGCACGGUGGUCGCCUGCCUGCGAGCGGAACGCGUCUCUUCCAUUCCAGUUGACCAUGACAAUAAGAACAACAACAGCGUGCUGCUGGCAGAUCGCGUUGCUGAGUACUCCGACGAGGACGAGGAGGCCGAGUUCAGUUCGGGCGAAUUCAACGACGAGGCCAACGAACUAGGCCUGAUCCGUGGCUACGAUCCCAAGGAUCCGCGCGACUACAACCAUCCGGCCAAGCAUGAUAUGCGCAAGUAUCGCAACAAGCUGCAGCGCUCCGGCAUCGAGGACUGCGCCCUAGUGGGCCACCAUCCCGGCAGCAUCCAGCACCACCAUCCCGGCGUGGUCGUCGACAGCGACAGCGAGUUCGAGAUGAAGGACAAGAGCUCGUCGCGGGCCAAGUUUAGCCGGACGAUUUCGCUGCAGCAGCGCAACUUCAAGCAGAAGAUCGUGGCGCUGUUGAAGCGGUUCAAGGUGAGCGAGGAGCUGGAGGGCGAGUCCGGCCACCGGGGAACGGCCGCUCUGCGCGGCGAACGCGAUCUGGAUGCCCUCUUCCAGGAGCUGGAGUCGCUCUCCUGCUGCGAGGGCGACGACUCGGGCCCGGACAUGGACAGCAUCUCGGUGGGCUCCACGCCGAAGCCAUCGCUGCGUCCGUUCUUCACCAACUCGCGGAUCAUGCUGCACGACAACAUCACCGGAAAUGGCGGCGAUCUGAACCAGUUGUUGGGCGGCGGCUCGGGACCCGGAACCGGAACUGCUGGCAACUCUGAGCGCCGAUCGUCGGAUAAGAGCGACCAAUUGACCAAUUCAUCUUACAAUCUUGAAAAUAACAAAAACCAAAAAUGCAUUCAUUUAACAAACAAUAACAAUUCGGCAACAACACCAGAUCGCGGAGGCAAUGACAGCUCCGGCAACGAGGGCAAUGCUGGCUACACCGAUGGCCAGAACUCCGAUCCGCAGAACAGUCCCCCCCGGGACAAGGACUACAUGCGCCUGCAGCAGCAGCAGCAGCAGUUGACCCCAGUGAGCUCGGUGGCCGCCAGUCUGGGAAGCGGUAGCGUGGUAACGCCCGCCCAGACGGAGAAGCGAUCCCGCUUGUUCCGAACUUCCAGCAAUACGCCGGGCAUUACGGCAAGUGGAGGCAACAAUGCCAGUGCCAUCAGCGCCUCGGGAGGCGGCAAGAGGAAGCACACCUUGAGCCUGAGCGCCGAGCCGAGAUCCAUGCUGGAGACUUGCCUCUCGCCGACCAAUGUGGAGCCACGCAAGCUGCUGCUCGACCAGCUGAGUCGCGUGUUCGCCGGCGAGGACAGCUCCAUUCCCGAGGUGGUGACCAUCAUCAGUCCGCCGGAGGCGCUGGGCGGCAGUGCACUGCUGGCCAAGCUGGUCACGCUCUUUGCCAACUCCUUCAAGCCUGCCUUCGUGCCGCAGAACACGGCCGAGGUCAAGGCGGUGCUGCAGGCGCUCAUGGCCAAGAUCCAGAAGUAUUGCAACUCGAACGCCAAGCCACCGCACACGGUGAAGGUGCUGCUGAUUGGCGGCGAUUGGCUGCAGGGAGCCACCCUGCGGCAUUAUGUCGAACUGAUGGGCGUGCGUCCUCCGGAUUGGCUCAAUCACCUGCGCUUCUACCUGGUGCCCGUCGGCGGCAGUUGCGGCAGCGUGGCCCGACAUCUCAGCCAGAUGGAUCAGGCCUAUGCGGUCAUGUUCGGCUCGGACAACUGGACACAGCUGUGCGAACGGGCGGCGGCCACAGCGGCGGCGGUCAGUGCGGUGACCACUGUGAAUGCCACCGCACUGACCACCAACCUGGCGGAUGCCGCUGGCGUGGCCAAGUCGGACAUCGCCGAGCUGGUGCAGCGCAUCCAGCGCUAUCUGCUGGCGGCAGGUCCCUGCACCCAGAUACCCAUCGCCGAGGCCAUGGUCAACUACAAGGAUGAGGACUCCUGCCAGAUAUUUGUGCCGUUCGUUAGUGAUGUCCGUAUUGGUUAUCUCGAUGCCCAGGCCUCGCUGGAUCUUGAGGAGAAUGUAGCCGGCUCCAAUGCGGCCAGUAGUGGACAGGGCUCUGGAUCAGCCUCAAGCCAAGCCAUCCCAAUUGGCAGCCAGAGCUCGCCAAAUGUCCAUGGCGUGGUGUCCGGUUCGCCGCCCCAGCAGCAGAGCCUGGGACGUACCUCGCCGCCAUUGCAGACGCCACCCUCGUCGGCCUCCUCGCACCGGGAGCGGAAUACCAGUGAAUCGCUGAGUACGCCAUCGUCGCAGCAGCAGCAAACUUUCAGUGGAGCACUGGCGGCGGCGGAGGCAGUGGAACUGCAGGUGGACUACUGGCCACUGGUGAGGCCGGGCGAUGGUCAUGUCAAGGACUCAAAGGGCGGCAUGUCCAAGGGCAGCGAUGCCGGCGGCAAGAAUAGCAUUAAGAGUACGUUUAGGAACCUGCAGGUGUGGCGACUGCCACAGCAUGCACAGCAAAUGGGUGAUAUGUUCAAUGGACUGACUGUUAGUUUCGCCACCAAGGAGAAGAAGCAGAAGCAGAUUAUGCGCUUGGGCAAGAAGAAGGAUAAGGAGCGUGAUCUCGAGAAGGAGCAAUGUGUGGAGGGCGUGGCCCGUCUGAUUUGCUCACCCAAACAAUCGCAUCCAGUGCCACUGCGAGUGUACAUCGAUGGCACCGAGUGGACGGGAGUCAAGUUCUUCCAGGUAUCGUCGCAAUGGCAAACGCACGUCAAGAACUUUCCCAUCGCGCUCAUCGGCUGCACUCCCAUGUCCUGUGCUGAAUUAUCCUAGUCAUUUUAACCCCCGACCUCACACGGGACAACCCCAAACUCCGCAAACAAGAAGGAACACAGAUAUACAGACACACAAACUGAAGCGUGCUUGGAGCAAGGGAGCCAGUCACUUGCGCGGCAAUAAAUAUUAUAAAACUGAAAAGAAUGAUAAUUUAUUUAUAAUUAGUAUUUGUAAAUUUUUAGUUAAUAAACCGUUAGCCUGUAA